GGGAACCAAACCAACCACCCUUCCCCUCCCCUGCACGCUCAAAGCCUGCGUGUGCAGGAGGGCUCAGGCUGGGAAGGAGCUUCCCUGAUCCCAUCCGGACACCUUCCUCUGGCUCUCCCACCUGGACAGCCCUGGGACACCGCAGCGCAGUGGAUGAGAGGACCCUGAUCACCACUCUGCCAUCGUGCCCUGGCUAUGCCCCGUGCUGGACACUCCCCACCCCACAGCCCCCGGUGAGCGGGGAAGGAGCCUGAGCCGCCUCCAGGUUGAGUGACCCUGGUCUCCCUCAGCUGCCAUGGAUUGGAAAACGCUGCAGGCGCUGCUCAGCGGGGUCAACAAGUACUCCACAGCCUUCAGCCGCAUCUGGCUCUCCAUGGUCUUUGUCUUCCGUGUGCUGGUCUAUGUGGUGGCGGCUGAGAAGGUCUGGGGCGACGAGCAGAAGGACUUUGACUGCAACACGCGGCAGCCAGGCUGCACCAACGUGUGCUAUGACCACUUCUUCCCCAUCUCCCACAUCCGCCUCUGGGCCCUGCAGCUCAUCUUUGUCACUUGUCCUUCCCUCCUGGUCAUCAUGCACGUGGCCUACCGGGAGGACCGCGAGAGGAAGAACCGGGAGAAGAAUGGAGAGAAUUGCCCCAAGCUCUACAGCAACACGGGCAAGAAGCACGGCGGGCUGUGGUGGACCUACCUGUUCAGCCUCUUCUUCAAGCUCAUUAUAGAGAUCCUGUUCCUCUACCUCCUCCACAAGAUGUGGGACAGCUUCGAUUUGCCACGGCUGGUCAAGUGCACCAACGUGGAUCCCUGUCCCAACACCGUGGACUGCUACAUCGCUCGGCCAACCGAGAAAAGGGUCUUCACCUAUUUCAUGGUUGGAGCCUCCUCCAUCUGCAUCGUCCUCACCGUCUGUGAGAUCUUCUACCUCAUCUUCAAGCGAGUUGUCCAGAGGACAAGGAAGUGGAGGAAAUCCACCAAGCGCUCUGUCAGCUACAGCAAGGCCUCCACCUGCCACUGCCACAUCAAGUCAGAGGAGAAGGACAGCAAGUCCCAGCCUAGAGGAGAAGAGCUGUGACCUCACCCAUCCCAGCUGGUUCACAUUCCUCUCAACUUGGCUUUUCCAGCCUGGCAAAUCCCUGAACCCUCAAGAGUCAACCUGUGUGAAAAAUGACUAAACCCAACAAAGUAAUGUGCCUGGAGAGAGACCCAAGGGUGCCUGAGCAGACACAGGUAAGGCAAGGGCAGCCCUGGAGCUCUGCAGGUGGCAGUGCCACAAGCAUGGACAUCACAGCAGCACACAGCUCCUCCGUGUCCAGAGCUUCUCUUGGGUCCUGCAGCUCUGCUGCUCCCAUGCUGGGUGUGGGUGCCCCCAGCUGGUGCCCAGCCAGGGCUGGUGUCACCCAGUGUGUGCCAAUCCUCCCAGCUCACCGUGCCUCACUCAUGCACUGCUUUCUUUUGUACCAAGAAACCAAAGGAAUUCUGGGCUCCGUGGCCAGAGCUCUCUUCAUGCACCCAAAGUAAUGACAGAGG